AUGACCAUCUACGCCUUCUACAUCUUCGACAGACACUGCAGUUGUAUAUACUCACGUGAGUACUCCCAUGCGGCUCAAAAUACAUCCAGCACGUCGUCUUCUCAGCUUCCACCAUCCUCAGGUUCGUCCAACCUAGGAUCGGUGAACAAGAACAAUAACUCAGACACAGCCAAACUUCUAUUUGGUUUGAUCCAUUCGUUGAAAAACCUUUCCUCGAAAUUGGCCACGCAAGAUACUCCAAAUCUUUUGAGAUCCUUCAGCACGGGCGCCUACAGAGUGCAUUUCCUUGAAUCACUUACCAACUACAAGUUCGUGUUGCUUUCAGACCUAGACACCGAGGAUCUCCAGCCGGAGCUCUGGAAUUUGUAUUCUUCUGUUUUUGUAAAGACCGUGGUCCGCAAUGCCUUGAGUCCGGUGGAGUUUGGCGAAAACAGAAUCAGCAAUGCUUCCUUCAUUCAGCAGUCUGACACGUACCUCCAGGCUCUCCCUGUGUUCCAUUAA